CUGUAAUUUUCUACAAAAUGCUUCCCUCCACAUCUAUCCGAACUAAAAUUCCCUCCCUUCCCUCGUUUUCUGCUCUAUAACCCUUCCAUUCACCACUUUCCUCUUCCUCCUCUCUCUUCCUUUUUUUUCAAUUCCAUUUCUACUCUCGCCUCUCUCGGGAUUUCCUCUCACUCUUUCUCGAAAUCAUUAUCCUCCAUGUCCGGCGGCGCUCGAGCGUCCGCUCGUCCCACGCCGCCGUACCCCCCACCUUCUCCGGCUGCCGCCUCAGCACCUGUAUCGCCGGGUCCUUCGAUUGUUCCGCCGAUACGUCGCCACUUGGCCUUUGCCUCGACGAAGCCGCCGUUUGUUCAUCCCAAUGAUUAUCAUAGAUUUUCCUCUAAUAAUAGUAACAACAAUUUAACCACCGCUAACAUUGCUCGUGGAAUCAUCGCCGAUCAAGAAGUUGAAGCGAUUGUUGUGAAAUCUCCACAAUUAAAAAGGAAGGGCACGGCGGACAACAAUGAAGUUGAAUCUAGCCAAUGGAUAACCAGUCCAGGAGUUAUGGACAUAUCCAACAGUCCCUUCCAGACACCUGUAUCUGCUAAAGGAGGAAGGAUAAAUAAUAGAUCAAAGGCCAAUAAAUCUACUCCUCAAACAACUGUGUCAAAUGCUAGUUCUCCAUCUCCUCUUACUCCUGCUGGCAGCUGCCGUUAUGACAGUUCUUUAGGUUUGUUGACAAAAAAGUUCAUCAAUCUGAUAAAGCACGCUGAAGAUGGUAUCCUUGACCUAAAUAAGGCUGCAGAAACAUUGGAGGUGCAAAAGAGGAGGAUGUAUGACAUAACCAAUGUCUUGGAAGGCAUUGGUCUUAUUGAAAAGAAGCUCAAAAACAAAAUACGUUGGAAGGGUGUUGAUGCUUCAAGGCCAGGAGACGCAGAUGGUGAUGUCUCUGUGUUACAGGCAGAAAUUGAAAACCUUUCCAUGGAAGAGCACAAAUUAGAUGAUCAAAUAAGAGAAAUGCAGGAAAGAUUGAGGGAUUUGAGCGAGAAUAAGAACAAUCAGAGGUGGCUUUUUGUGACUGAAGAAGACAUCAAGGGUCUACCUUGUUUUCAGAAUGAAACCCUGAUAGCAAUUAAAGCUCCACAUGGAACAACAUUGGAAGUACCUGAUCCUGUUGAAGCCGUUGACUACCCACAAAGGAGAUACAGGAUAAUCCUUAGAAGCACAAUGGGUCCCGUUGAUGUUUACCUAGUCAGUCAAUUUGAGAAGUUUGAAGAGAUGAAUGGUGUUGAGCCACCUGCGAGCAUCCCACUUGCUUCAAACUCUGGCUCUAAUGAAAAACAAGUUGAGUUGGUCAAUGUAGAUGGCACAAGAAAGGAAAUUGAACCACAGACACAACAAACUCAUCAAAUGGGUUCUGAUAUUAAUGCUUCACAGGAGUCUGUUGGGGGAAUGAUGAGAAUUGUUCCUUCGGAUAUUGACAAUAAUGCAGAUUAUUGGCUUCUAUCAGAUGCUGAUGUUAGCAUUACGGAUAUGUGGAAGACAGACUCAGGUGUUGAAUGGAGUGGGGUAGAUAUGCUUCAUGCUGACUUUGGAAUGGCUAAUAUCAGUACCCCAAGGCCCCAAACUCCACCAUCUAGGCUGACUGAAGUGCCAUCUUCUGAUUUUGACUCUACUCAUAGGUAAAAUCAAUUUCCUGACCAAGUUCUUCUGAUUUAAAUGGAUCACUGGAUAAAAUUUGUAGCUAUUGCAAAUUACUGCACGGUUGUGCAAUUUUCCUAACCGGUGGUUUAGUUACACAAAUAAAAAAUUGUUGCCCAUUGGAAUUAUGGAUUAGAUGGGUGUUAAAGAUGGAAUAAAUGCAAUGGACAAUACUGGGACAAAAAACAUGGUUGACACUGUCCAUCAAAUCUGAUUAUAUGCCCAUUAGUAUCUCUUUGUUUAUCUGAGUUGCUUCGUUAAUCAGUUUUGAAAUAUCAAAGCAGCCAUACUCAAAUGUAGACGUGUAGAAUUGGUGCAUUUAGAUGACAAUCAUUGAUAUAAAAGCAGCGAUACCUGCUGAAAAUUGA